UGUGUUUUUACGUGGAAGCAAGUUGCCAUUGCUUUCCACGGCUACGAGUUUCGAUUCAUGUAUCUCUCACCCACUAUAUUGCUGUAACCUGUUCUUCCUCUUUAUUUCUUCCAUUCAUUUCGGCAGAUGAAGUGGAAUCUCGACUUUCGUCUACUGCCAAGCGUCUGCAUUCUCUCGUUCUUGCUGGAACAUGAAGUCGCAGCAUAUACCACCCUUCCGAGGUGGGGCCAGGCCGUGGCCGUACUUAAUGACUGUCUCUUCGUCCAUGGCGGGAAGACAGACGAGUAUAAUUCAUACUCUUAUACACAAGCACCGACUAACAAUGAUUUGCUUUAUCUUUCACUAUCGUCAUCAUUCAAUCUGACAUCUCCGCCCUGGGAGCUGAUCGGCAGCUCGUCCAAUACCUCAACUUCACAGGGCCCAGCGGUGGCUUGGCAUACUCUGUCUGGACUGAAUUCUUCCAGCAUGCUAUUAUUCGGCGGAGAUCCUGCCACUAAUUCUGCCACAGUGUUAACAAAUCGUGCCGAUUCAUCCUGGAUGCUUGAUGUAUAUGUAUGGUCCGAACCUAGUUGGGAGCAAGAAGCGUUAGCGUGGGCGGGGCAACCAACGAGACGGAUACACCAUUCCACUGUCACGUCGACUUCUGGCCAAGUAUAUAUAAUUGGCGGGGAGAUGGCAGACGGUUCUGAAAUCGCCCUAACGGAGCACUAUGUAUUCGAUCCUGAUAGCCAAUCAUUCACUCAGCUCCCUACAUCCAACGGUCCCUCAGACAUUAUCGGACAUUCCGCUGUCAUAUUAUCAAAUGGCACCAUGCUCGUUUUUGGCGGUUAUAGCCAAUCCCAAGAUUCGCUGUAUCCAUUUUCCACCAUAUGGACUCUAGACACGACGCGCUCUACACUAUCAUGGGAAAUUAUUACGCUGUCGGCAACAUCACUACCAAAUCCAAGAAGGGCAUUUGCCUCGACUUGCAUUGAGGGAAACAAGGUUGUCAUUCAGGGCGGUAGUGAUGCCUCCUACCAAACUACAUAUAGUGAUGGUUGGAUACUAGAUUUAUCCUUGGAAUCUCCAAACUGGGUCGAGGUGGACAUUUUGACCCAAGUCGGUGCUCGUCGUGAUCAUUUUGCUGUUCCUAUAGGAUCCUCAGUCAUAUUUGGAUUCGGUUACGGGAGCUCCGGUCCAUCCGCUACCAAUAUUCAGAUCUAUGACUCUUCAACUGGAUCCUUCGCAUCCGUUUUUACGCCGUCGUCGUCAUCCGAAACCACACAGACGAUGCCAGGGCCAAGCCAGACGUCAAAUCCCCAUUCGACCGAUAUUGGAAUUUCUCCCAGCAUCGGCGGCUCUGUCAGUGCUGAUCCCUCGUCCACGACUAGCCCCAGCGAUCCAACUGGUGGAUAUGGUGGUGGUGGCAAUCCAGCUGGCGGAGGGGACGAUGCUAACAGCAACCGGACCACUGCCAUCGCUCUUGGGACCACUUUCGGAAUUCUGGGAUUUAUCGCUGGUUGCGUCGUCGUUGUUUGCUACGUGCGACAUCGAAAAGGAUAUCGUUCGAUUGGUCGACGAUUCAUGGUUCUUCACGACAACACCGAGGAUGGAGAGGAUAGUCCUCGGCAUGACCGCCAUCUUCCCCUUGCCGGUGGUUUUGGCGAAAAGACGUCGCAUAGUAGGGACGCAGGAUGGACUAUCUUGAAGAGUAUUGGUUUGGCGGGUGUUAUGCCAGCUAGCAUGAGUGCGCGCCAUAAUCCAGAGAGACGAGAUAUGCUCGCAGAUGAAGAUGCCCAAGACUUUGCCUCCUGGUACGAGAAAAGAAGGAUGGAUGGCACCGGAAGUUCAUGGUCGCUCAGAAGUAUCCUUGGUGGAGGUCGGAGGCGCAGUCAAGAGCCCAGUGCUGCCAGCUCACUUAGCACGCCUUGGAGAGAGAAAUAUGAUCCUUUCUCCGAUGACACAGCACUUAUGGGAGAUGCGGAGCUGGGAAUAACGAGCGCUGGCCCAAGCGGACCCGCCACUAGAAGACAGAUGAGCAAUGUCAGCACGAUGACCAACGUCAGCUAUGUUGAUCCGUUCGCAGAUCCCAUAGAGGAGGAGCAAGAUAGGUAUCAUGAUCUGGAUAGCCUGGAGGACAUUCUUGAGAUGCCACCCCCUGCACGUUUCAAACUUCCGGCACUCUCAAUACAGACUGUACUCCCCGUGUCCACUCUUAGUCACGCCCUCAGUCCGGUUACGGAAGCAUCCCGGCUCUCCGUUAAUGAUCCCAGCACGCCUUCGAUUCACACUAAUUCUAACUCUCAUGAACACAAUUUAUCUUCGUUCGACAGUACGUCGGGAGUGACCUCUCGUACCUCUUACGAUCCUUCCCGUUCUCCAGGCCAGCGAACAUCCUCCAUAAUCGCUUCCAUUCCACCACAACCCAUGCGACGCAGUGACUCCUGGUGGGCACGUUUUUCUCGCACGAGCUUACUGGACCGACGAAAUAGUGAUUCGUCUAAGAGAGCUUCAUUGGACUUUAGAGAUCCGAAUCCACCGCCACGAUUGAUUGCCAUUGAAGAAAGCACCUAUUCCACUGCGUCAGCGUCCCCGGGGGCAGACAACAACUCUAACUCUCCAGGAUUUAACCGAUCAUCAUCACUUUGUCCCGGGACACGCAUGGUCUCGAAAAUUUACGGCGCUCAUGGAAAAUCGACAUCUUCAUUACGGACCGCAGACUCCGAGCUCAUUGAAAGGAUGGUCGGCACGAUGGAUGUGGCGCAGAGAGUGAGAACAGGCAGCCAUCGAACCCGAGAGAGCACAGGGACCAGCCUUAGCGUUGAAAUCCCUGCUUUGGAAGAUGGUCAUCUCCAGGAAUAUCUUGGGGAUGACCGUUUCAUUGUUGCCUCUCCAUCAAGCACCUUAUCGUUGGACAUUCAUAGUUCCAAUGAUGCACCAUCUCGGAGUCUGCCUUCACCAUUAAGACAGAUGUCGUCAUUUCCUGCGGUCUCCUCCGAUGUGUCUCCCAAGAGUGGAAGCAUCAAGCGACUGCUCCGUGGAGAAUCCGUCGCCGCUCGUGUUCAGGCAUACGAACGCCGAAUGAGCCAAGAUACGGAACUUCCUGGUGCCAACUUAAAGGAAGAGCGCGCCAGACACAGGGGUCAAGUGGUUGAUUAUGGUUUAGUGCCCAAGCCCAGUCUUUACGUCGCCAACCCCGACCAUCGUGUCACGUCUUCUGAAGAUUCCUAGAUUCCUUUCUGCUGUCUUGGGUGACGUGCUUCGGACUCCAGCACAAAAUGCCUAUACUUACAAACAUCUAUCUGGAUUUACUGGAUACAGAUGCCGUUAUCUCUGCAGUCGGACAAUGCUUUGCUCUAUCGCUAUCUUAUCUUUAUAUCUUUUAUGACCUUACGACCGUUGACGCCUUCGACUUUUGUUUGUUUUUACGCCAGGGACCUUUUCCUGUUAUAUACAUUGGCUGGCUGAUGGAUUUACCCUACCUACUGUACAACAAAUACUCUUUGUAUCGCCACCUUGCACAUGUACACUGGUAAAAGGACGUGAGACGAGGAUUGAAAAUAAACGUCUGAUAGAAAAAUACGAUUGUGCCUUGUACAUUGGAUAGUAAUCAA